UGGAAGGACUGGGCUUGUUUUAAGGGCUAGGUAACCAGUGUGUGUAAGCUGAUUAUCAGUAGUCAGGCUAAUUUGAGCGUUAAGCCUGAUGGGCCAUAUGCUGAUUGACCCAGCACCCUGAGUCUCCUCCCCCUCAGCCAGACACUCACCUGUUCCUCCCCAGUUACCAUCACAGCUGUUUCAGAUUAAUCUAUUAUCUCUCUCUCCCUCCCUCUCUCCGUCUCUCUGGGGGUGGAGGGGUGUUGUUGACUUCUGAGUUGGCAUGACGAUCUGACACCCUGCCGUCCAGAGCCUUCUGUCCGUUUCCACGGUGACCUGAUCCCAUUCCGCUAUUCUGUUCUCCGAGUUCCGGACCUGUGGAACACCGAGUGGAUAACCGCUGUACACACACGAAGUGAGUUCAGAGAGAGGAGAGAUCUGGGAACGCAGUGAGGAUGCCGGUGCAGCAGAUCUCCGUGGUCCCCGCUCGGGAGAUGGCCAAUAACGGCCGGAGCGCCCCUCGCUCCAAAGACAAGACCGAGAGUACUAAAGGUCCAGGUCGGUCAGGUAGUCGAUCCAGCAACGUCUUGAAGGCCAGCAGUUCUACAACAGGAUUGGCUCCUGGCAGUGUUUCCAGGACAACUCCCUCCUCUCAGGACAUCUGCAGGCCGGUGCCACUGGGUCGUGUAGAGGAAGGUUGUGACACAGCAGUGAUGAAGUUGAGCGGCGCGGCAUUAGGCUCCUCUCAGACCACGUUAGGCUCCUCCCAGCAGGGCCAAACCAGGAAGAAGAAGAAACCAAACAGGAAGAGAGACUCUUGCUCCGCCCCCGAUGCCCCAGCGACCGCACAAGAUGACCCGGUCCAACACAGUGACGACCGCAGUGACCGCAGCUCUGACCGCAUCGGAGAGAGGGGGGAGAGGAGGAGGGAGAGGAGAGGGGAGAGGAGGAGGGAGAGGAGAGGGGAACACCCCCGGCACCGUAGCGCCGCCCCUCCUGAAUCUGAUUCGUCGUCUGAUGGGGAGGCGGGGAGGGAGGCCAGAAGCUGGAGCAGGGAGAAAGCCAAGAGGGGACGACGCCGCAGUGGGAGUAGCAGGGAGAGGGGAGGGGGAGAGGGGAUGGAGCUGCAGUCUGUAGGGUCUGAUGAGGGGAAGGAGAACCAAGAGAAAGAGGUUCCACUGGAGAACGGUUCCGGAGUGAAGAACCGGCGAUCAGGAGGAGGAGGAGGACGGGAGGAGAGCAGGCGGAGCUCCCAGCGCAGGGAGGAGGUGGGGUCUAAGUUCCGUAGCCCCGGCGGUAGCUCAUCAUUGGCUGAGGAUGGAGAGAGGGAGGGACAGAUCACUAAGAAUUACCAGGAGACCGGGUCAGUGGGUGGAGACAUGUCCGCGCCAUCGCCACGGAGAUAUGGGGGCUGCAACGCCCCCGAAGGCUGCUCCGAUGACGAGCCAGAGGUCUGCAGGAUCUGCCACUGUGAAGGAGAUGAGGAGUGUGUGUUGAUAACCCCGUGCCGCUGUACAGGCAGCAUGAGGUUUGUUCACCAGGACUGUCUCAACCAGUGGAUCAAGUCAUCAGACACACACUGCUGUGAGCUGUGCCAAUACAACUUCAUCAUGGAGACUCACCUUAAACCUCUACGUAAGUGGGAGAAGCUCCAGAUGUCGACCAAUGAGAGGAGGAAGAUCUUAUGCUCCCUGAUGUUCCACCUGGUGGCCAUUGGUUGUGUUCUCUGUUCCGUAUACGUCCUCGUCAACAGAACCCUCCACGAGAUCAACCUGGGACGCAACACCGACGACAUGUGGAGAAUAUCAGUGAUGAAGUACUACACUGCUGAGGGUGUGUUGGAGUGGCCGUUCUGGAUGAAGCUAGUCAUCGUGGCGAUAGGCAUGUCAGGCGGACUGGUGUUCAUGUACGUCCAGUGUAAAGUGUACUGGUUGCUAUGGAGACGACUCAAAGCCUUCAAUCGCAUCAUCACUGUGCAGAACUGCCCCGAGAAGCCGCCGCCCACCAACGCUGCGCUGGCCAAUGGGAAUCACCCUGAGGCCGUGGAAGUCCCGAUAGGCCCCGCCCCCGAGGUUAUCCAGAUGGACUCCGACCUCUCGGAGGAAAACCCCGUCUGACACACACACACACUCACACAGACACACAACACACACACACAGCUCUUGGUAAUGCACCCUCCCUAUAGCCUAUCAGAGCCCAGCACACCAAAGAGUCAUAAUGUGACGUAGCCAAUAAGAGAGUCUGUUAUAGAAGCAGCUGUAGAUUAGCCAAUCAGAGCGUCUGUUAUAGAAGCAGCUGUAGAUUAGCCAAUCAGAGCGUCUGUUAUAGAAGCAGCUGUAGAUUAGCCAGUCAGAGCGUCUGUUAUAGAAGCAGCUGUAGAUUAGCCAAUCAGAGCGUCUGUUAUACUCUCUCAGUAUUCAAUAUAAACAGCCUGAGGAGUAGCUGAUGCGUAGAACCAAGUGUUCAAGGGCUGGAACAAAACCCUGCACACCUUGCAGCUCUCCAGGAGGAGGGUUAGAGUCAUAGAGCAUAUUUAUUUAUGUUAGUGUUUACUCUCUCUCUGCUGGACAGGAUAGAACUCUGAAUAGAAAUACUUGUGAAAUGUGGUAUUAAAGGUCCCAGUCUGUCACUAUGACGUCUAGAAGUCUAUCUGAAGAGCUGUCUGUCUGUCACUAUGACGUCUAGAAGUCUAUCUGAAGAGCUGUCUGUCUGUCUGUCACUAUGACGUCUAGAAGUCUAUCUGAAGAGCUGUCUUUCUGUCUAUCUGUCUGUCACUAUGACGUCUAGAAGUCUAUCUGAAGAGCUGUCUGUCUGUCACUAUGACGUCUAGAAGUCUAUCUGAAGAGCUGUCUGUCUGUCACUAUGAUGUCUAUAACUCUAUCUGAAGAGGUCUCUGUCUGUCUGCCUGCCUGUUUGUCUGCCUGCCUGACUGCCUGUCUCUAGAAGUCACCAUUACAACCAAAAAUAACCUAUUCUAUACUAAAAUAUAAACACAACAUGUAAAGUGUUGGUCCCAUGUUUCAUGAGCUGAACUAAAAUAUCCCAGAAAUGUUC